AUGGCCGACGGUCUCUCCGCUGCCACUUUGGCAAUCUACAUCGUCCUCCUCAUCCCCACCGUCUACAUCCUCGUCAAGCACGGUCGUCAAGGUCUGCUCGGAUGGCUCUUCCUCGCCAUCUUCUGCACCAUCCGCAUCAUCGGCAGCGGUCUGGCGGUCGGGAGUUCCUCUUCCGCAGCGAGCAUUAUUUCCGGCGUUGGUCUGUCGCCGCUGUUGUUCGCUUCGUGCGGCAUUCUUAGAGAGGCUAAAACCUACCGCCUCAAAUCCCUCAACCGCCGACUCGAAGGCGUCUUCGAUUUCUUCUUCCACAUGCUCGUCGCGGCCGGCGUGGUUCUCACAGCCAUUGCGUCAGCAAAGCUCCAGCGUCACGAGAACGUCGAGAAGGCAGAGCGACAGGUCAAGGCGGGAAUGGCCAUUUUGGCCAUCGCGUGGGUUUUCCUCGUCGGGUGGACGGCGAUGUCGUUUAUGGGGGCGCGCAGGACGACGCCUGUUGUUAAGGAGGGGACGGUGUUGCUUUCGACCGUGUGCUUUUCCUUGACUUUUAUUGGGGUGCGUGUGUUUUACAGUCUGGUUGCGAUGUGUACGCAACGCGCGGAUUUGAAUCCGACGACGGGAUCGCUGGCGAUUCGUGUUGUGCUGGGAUUCUUGCCUGAGCUGAUCGCUGCGAUUGCGUAUGUCGCUGCCGGAAUGAAGACGCAGAAUGCGUCGAAGCAUGAUCAAGAGGAGCAGGCUGGGGAGUGGGCCAUGGCUAAACAGCCUCCAGUGGAGGCUUAG